AUGGGAACGUCCUCAGGCCUGGGCUCCGGGGCCCUGGGCUUCCUCCUGCACCUGGGGCAGCUGCUCUCCACCUGCCUGCCCUCCUUGCUGCAUGGUCACUGGAGUGAGUGCGCAGGUAACUGGUCUGUGUUCCUGCGGUGCUUCUGCUCUGGUGGUACCCUCACCAUCUUCAUGGUGGAGCUGUGUGGGCUCCAAUCCCACUUCCCCUUGUCCUGCUAUGACAUUCUCUACCACUGUGCCUUCUAUUUCACCCUAUUCUGUCUCUUUGCCUCCAUUAUUUUCACCACCAGGAUGCUUGGGAGCCUGUUGGUCUUCCUGCUGUAUGUCAUUUUGGCUUUAAUUUUCAGCACCAUUAUCAACUGCCACAGCUGUUUCCAGUACACGUCUGCCACGCUGGCUCUUUCUCUGGUGGGUCCUCGGUAUGAAGAUCGCUGCCGUACUCGUGCCUGUGACCUGCCUGACCAUCACAGCACCGUGUCCACCCAGUCGACAUCCCCAGAAGAGGGGGCCUUGUGUGUCACGUGCUGCUGCCUUCGCCUGCCACAGCGCUUCUCCACCUGCGGAGCUUCCUCCCUGGUGACUGACAUGGGCGUUGGAAAGGGGGCCAUAGGUAACUGGUCCCUGUGCAUCUGGGGCUUCUGUUUCACUGUGACCCUUGUCACCUCCAUCGGUGAGUUAUGUAAGGUCCAGUCCCGCGUUCCUUUCUUUUGGAACAACUUUGCCGUCACCUAUGCCUGCUACUCGGCCCUCGUCUGCCUCUCGGUUUCCAUCACCUACUCCGUCACUUGCAUCCAGUCCUUGCCUUAUGGUCCUCACCAAGACCGGGCCGUCGCCGCCACUGCCUUCUCUUGCCUCACAUCUGUGCUGUAUGCCAUGGAAGUGGCCUGCACGUGGAGUGGCUACAAGAUCACAAAUACCACCUGCUAUGAGCUCACCAUGCCAGGCCUGCUGAAGGUGCUGGAGACCUUCGUGGCCGGUGUCAUCUUCACCUUUCUCGGCAACACCUCCCUGUACCUGCACCAGCCGGCCCUGGGGUGGUGCGUGGCCGUGCACUCCAUCUGCUUCAUCCUGGCAGCAGUGACCGCCCUGUUGAACAUGGGUGAAUGGGAACACAAGCCGCCUGUUGAGGCUGUGAUCGCAAUACUGUCUGUCCUCCUCUAUGUCAGCGCUCUGGUCCUCUGGCCGCUCUACCAGUUCAGCAAGGAGCUCGGCGGGCAGCAGAGGCCCAGGGAUGGGGACUGCAGGGAUGACCUCACCUAUGACAUGUGCGCUUGAGACCAGCGCUUGGCUGUGGCUGUCCUGACAGCCAUCAACCUGCUGGUUUACGUGGCCGAUCUAGGGUACUGGGCCCGCCAGGUUCUGUAG